AGCAUGCUUCUGUCCUGCACGUUGACAUUGGAAUUAAGCAACGGUUCCUGACAGCCGGUGUUCAGGGUCAAAAUACGGUUUAUAGUCAUGGGUUCAACCAUGUCUAGUCCUGCGGCCACAGUGAAAGCUGAAGCCGUGAUGGUGGCACCGCAAACGGGUAUGUCCCCACCAGUAGGCUGCCCCAUGCACCAGGAAGCUAAAAAGGUGUCCCCUCCACCUGAGUGUCCCAUGCAUCAAGCUGAGGCCCCUGCUGGUCCUGUGCACCAGGACCGUGCAUAUGAGUUUGUUGAGUGUCCGAUGCGAGCAGGGGAAAACCUGAAGGGACAGUCUGAUAUCGACCCCACUAACAUGAUGCCGCCACCCAAUCAGGUGCCUGCUCCUGAUCAGCCUUUCCUGUUGCCUGUGACCAGACAAGAAUCAACAAUCCCUAGAGCUGGAACAGAUAAAAAGUGGGUCUAUCCCUCAGAGCAGAUGUUCUGGAACGCAAUGCUCAGGAAAGGGUGGCGCUGGAGGGAUGAUGACCUCGCUCCCCAGGACAUGACCAACAUUAUUAAGAUCCAUAACCGGAACAACGAGCAGGCUUGGGAAGAAAUACUCAAAUGGGAAGCCCUCCAUGCACAUGAAUGCCCCUGUGGACCGAGCCUCAAGAGGUUUGGGGGCAAAGCGAAAGAAUAUUCUCCAAGGGCCCGGAUACGACAUUGGAUGGGAUAUGAAUUACCGUUUGAUCGCCAUGACUGGAUCGUCGACCGGUGUGGAAAAGAAGUCCGAUACGUAAUUGACUACUACGAAGGCGACAUUGACAAAAAUACUUACGAGUUUUCCAUCCUGGAUGUGCGUCCAGCCUUUGACUCUCUCAGUGCAGUGUGGGAUAGAGUGAGGGUGGCAUGGUGGCGCUGGACAUCGUAAAUGUUCAAAGAACUUUACAUACCUAACAUGGCUUUCAUCUGUCUAUACUGUGUUGUAAAUAAAUAAAUAAAUAAAAAAACAGAAAACC